GUGGUGACGGAGAGGGGGUUUACGGGUAACAGUGGUAACGGAAAGGGGUUUACGGGUAACAGUGGUGACGGAGAAGGCGGGGUUUACCGGUAACAGUGGUGACGGAGAAGGCGGGGUUUACGGGUUAUAUUGGUGACGUAGAAGGCGGGGUUUACGGGUAACAGUGGUGACGGAGAGGUGGGGUUUACGGGUAACAGUGGUGACGGAGAGGGGUUUACGGGUAACGGUGACGGAGAAGGCGGGGUUUACGGGUAACAGUGGUGACGGAGAGGGGUUUACGGGUAACAGUGGUGACGGAGAAGGCGGGGUUUACCGGUAACAGUGGUGAGGGAGAGGGGUUUAUGGGUAACAGUGGUGAUGGAGAAGGCGGGGUUUACGGGUAACAGUGAUGACGGAGUUGGGGGUCACGGGUAUCGGUAGUGAUGGAGAGGGGUUCAUGUGUAACAGCGGUGAUGGAGAGGGGUUUACGGGUAACAGUGGUGACGGAGAGAGGGUUUACGGGUAACAGUGGUGACGGAGAAGGCGGGGUUUAUGGGUAACAGUGGUGACGGAGUUGGGGGUCAUGGGUAACAGUGGUAAGAUUUUGUUCCAGUAUGAAGGUGGACACCUGUGAGAAACAACAAACACUACACGACUGUGUUGGAGGACUGAGUGUGUGUGAAACUGAACCAUCCUCUAUCAGCACUCCAAAGAGUGUGUGUGAAGUACAGGAGCUACAGGAGGGUGUGUCUGAGGGAGAGGAGGCGGAGCCAUUACAGGAUGGAGAUGAACACACUCCAUUCAAGGUGUGUUCGGUAAAGCUGAUGGACUGCAGGGCGGCGCCGACACUGAACACACACAUCACACAGGAAGAAACGUCCGGCGCAGGAGACGAUCAGUUCAACAUGUCAUUCUUGGAAAAGCGGUGGAAACGGUCCAGAAGCCAGGGAAAAAAGUCCAGCACGUGCCCCGAGUGCGGAAAAACGUUUUCCCGACCUUCGACUCUCAGAACGCACAUGAGAACUCACACGGGAGAGACACUUCCUCACUGCUCAUGCGGAAAGGUUUUCUCCUACACGUCCUCGCUCGUCAGGCAUCAGAAGGAAUGCUGCUCGCUGUUCCCAGACUCUCGGAAUGCCCGGAAAGUUCCACUGGAGGAGCAGAGGCAGUACCAGUGCUCCUUCUGUGGGAAACAGUUUUCUACGAAGAGUCACAUGACCAUCCACGAGCGACUGCACACGGGGAAGAAGCCGUACGAGUGCUCGGAGUGCCAGCAGGCCUUCAUCCGAGUGGACCGGCUGAAGGAACACCAGCGUGUGCACACGGGAGAAAAGCCGUACGAGUGCUCGUACUGCGGAAAACAGUUCGCGCUGCUCAGCGGACUGAAGACGCAUCGCAGGACGCACACGGGCGAGAAACCAUACAAGUGUACUGUCUGCAAGAAACGCUUCACACAGUCCACGAAGCUGAAGAUUCACCUGCGGACACACACCGGAGAGCGACCUUACCGUUGCUCAGAGUGCGGGAAGACGUUCGCUCGGACUGAGCACCUCAAGACGCAUCAGAAAAUCCACAGCGCUGGGAAACAGUAGAGCUCCGCAUGGAGGAAGCGUGGUGUCUGUAGAGUACUCCACAAAGCACCAGACUACAGAGUAACACAUCCGUACCUCCACUGUGUGUGAGAUGGGAUAUUUAGUGACGUUUCUUUGGCACACCAGGCGGUAAAAGCUCUAUCCACCUGUCAGUCAUGUCGCGUCUCAGUUCGGAAAGCUCCGCCUCUUGCACUAGCUACAGAGUAGAUAUGCUUAUGUUUUUAGUUUCAAAACAUCUACAGCUAAUUUGUGCCAAAAUCAUUGACUGUGUUUAAAGUUGAAUAUUUUUGGCUUGUGGAUCUCCUUUACUUUAAACUGGUUUCUGUUCAAACACUGGUGUUAUAUUUAUGUUCAUUUGCUCUGUGGAAGAGAAAUUAAACAGUUUCAGAUCUUCUUAUUGCAUGUUGUGAUUAUCUAAC